AUUUCGAAGGGGUUGAAGCAAAUUUGAAAGCUUACGUUUUGGCAGGUAACGGGAAAAAUUUAAUAGGAAGGCAAUGGCUUCAAGCCUUAGGUAUGUGGCCGAUAACUUUUAAACCUCAGUUUGCGUUGAAUUGCUUGAAUGAUCAUAACAGUAUUAUUUCACAUUUUAAAUCAAAAUAUCCCCAAUUGUUCGAUAACAGCCCAGGUAAAUAUAAAGGUAAAUCUAUUAAACUAACUUUCAAAAAAGAUUAUCAACCAAUUCAAUGUAAACCUUAUCAUGUCCCUUUCGCUUUGAAAGACAAAGUAGAUGCAGAAAUCGAUCGUCUGGUAAGAAUAGGUAAUUUGGAACAAGUUGAGGUGAGUGAAUGGGCUACUCCAGUAGUUCCUGUGGUGAAAGGGGAAGGAGUUCGUUUAUGCGGAAAUUUUAAAUUAACAGUGAAUCCUCAAAUAAUUGUUAAAAGAUAUCCAUUACCCUUAAAAGAAAAAGUGUUUCAGACGUUACAGGUUGGAACCAAAUGGUCCCAAAUUGAUUUAAAACAUGCAUUUAUGCAAUUUGAAGUUGCUGAAGAUUGUAGAGAUCCAUUGACAAUAAUCACACAGAAAGGUUUGUUUAGGUACAAAAAAUUGCCAGAGGGUGUAGCCUCCAGCCCAGCAGAAUGUCAAGAUAUUGUUACUGAUAUUUUGAAAGGUCUGAAAUAGAGAUAUUAGGAUUCAAAUUGGACAAAAAGGGUUUAUCACCAUCUCCUAGUAGAAUUCAUUCAAUUGUGAAUAUGCCUUCUCCAAAAACUAAAAAAGAACUUCAAGCAUUUUUAGGGUUAGUAAAUUUUUACGAGUCAUUUUUGUAUAAGCGAGCUGAUCAACUAAAGGUAUUGUACGAUGUUUUGAAAGAGAGCAAAUUUUAUUGGAAUUCUAAUUGUGAUCAAGCAGUUAAUUGGGUAAAGAAGGAAUUAGCAUCGGAUAAAAUUUUGGUUCCAUAUCAGCAAGAUAUAACUUUAGUAUUGGCUACAGACGCAAGUUACUCAGGGUUGUCAGCUAUUUUGUCUCACAGAUUUUCAGACGGUACAGAGAGACCAAUUGCCUUUGCUUCUAAAUUAAUACCUCAUAAUGAGUUACAUCGAUCUAUUCUAGAUAAAGAGGCAGCAGCUAUAAUUUUUGGGUUUAGAAAAUUUUAUCAUUAUAUUGUUGGUAAUGAAAUUAUUCUUAAAACUGAUAAUCAACCUUUAAAGUAUAUAUUUGGUAAUUCGAAGAAAUUGAAUGUUACAAUUCAGAAUAGGUUGUUAAGAUGGAUAUAUUUUUUAUCGGGUUUCAAAUACAAGAUUGAAUUGAUUUCAUCAUCUAAAAACAGUAAUUGUGAUGCGCUUUCCAGGUUAGCAGUGCGAGAUAAGAUGGCUGUGUUUGAUUCUGAAUUAGAUGUUAUAAACUUUAUUGAAAAUGAAAGUAAUUUGAUUGAUUUAAAUUUGAUUAAGCAAGAAACAAAAAAAGAUAAGGUUUUAUGUGAUGUGAAAAGAAAGUUAAUGUUUGGAUGGGUAGAAAAUUCAAAUGAUAUUUCUUUGGAAGAGAAAAUGUAUUUUGAUAAGAAAACAGAAUUAAGUAUUGAGAAUGAAUGUCUUGUUCGAGGUUCUAGACUAAUAAUACCAAAAGCAUUGCGAAAAACUUUAUUGAAAUCACUUCACCAGUCUCAUUUUGGUAUUGUUAGAAUGAAACAAGUAGCUCGUUCGUUUUUUUGGUGGCCGGGUUUGGACGAUGAUAUAGAAAAAUUAGCAAAUAGUUGUGAGUUAUGUGUGAAAAAUAGAAAACAAAAUAACAAAAUCAGUACUUUUCAAUGGCCAUUUCCAUCUAACCCAUGGUCCAGGUUACACACUGAUUUUUUAGGACCUAUUCAAGGAAAUAUGUUUUUAGUCAUAGUUGAUGCACACAGUAAAUGGCCUGAAGCUAUAAAUAUGAAAAAUAACACCUCAGCUAGUAAAUUGAUUGAAGUUUUUGAUUCUAUUUUUUCGAGGUUUGGAUUAUGUGAUCAUUUAGUCUCAGACAAUGGUCCACAAUUUGCAAGUGAAGAGUUUAAUGAAUUUUUGAAAUCGUUAGGUAUACGGCACACAUAUUCUCCACCCUAUCACCCAGCAACUAAUGGAGCAGCAGAAAAUUUUGUGGGUACAUUUAAAAAUAAGGUUUUGAAAAUUACAGGAGAGGGUAAGUCAUUUAAUUUUGCUGUGAAUUCAUUUUUGUUUGAUUAUCGUACAAUGAAGCAUUCGACGGGAAAAUCACCAUCAGAUAUUAUUUUCAAAAGGGAGAUUAAAACGAGGUUUCAUCUUUUAAGAGAAAAUUUAGUUAGUGAAACAUCUUUUAAACAAUUCAAUAUGUCAGAUAAAAAUAAAAUAAGUAAAAUUGAUUUCAAGUUGGGAGAUGUGGUUUUAGUAGAUGUUUACAACAAUAAUAAGAGGCACCGAGUACAAGCAAAAAUCGUUGAAAAAUUAUCACCAGUUACAUUUAACUUGUUAUGUGAUGGAGGACGAAUUAUAAAAAGACAUGUUAAUCAAAUGUUGAAAUUUUUAAAUAAUGACAAUGAUAUAAAUAAAGACUUGAAAGAUGAUAUAAGUAUAAGGAGAUCUGAACGCUUGAAAAAUUUAAAUAAAUGAAAUUAAGAUCCAGAAUUUCUGUUUAUAUGUAUAUUGUAAUUAGUUCUAUAUUGCAUAUUAAUUGUAUAGUAAUGAUAAUUGAUUAUAUAGUGUAUAAUAAUAACUCUAUUAAUUAAUUGUUUCUAUAUUACAUAAUGAAAAAUAAAAAUAAAAUUUAUGAUUGUAAAUUAUUAUAUUGGAAUCAUAUUGUUAAAUUGAUUUUGAUCGUAUUUGUGAAUUUUGAAAAAUAACAGAAAAACAAAAAAAUAAAAAAUUAUAAAAUUUAAAAAAUUAAAAUAUAUGAAUUCUUAGAUUAAGAUAUAAU